GGAAUUUCUUCUAAAGCUAUCUAUUUCUCCGCUCGGGAGCUCCAAUACCUUAAUGAUGCAUCGCAAUUCCACCUCACUACUCUAAUCCAGCUGUACAUAUAACCCUACCAACCCAUCACAUACACCUCAUCUACAUACUAUACAAUACAUCACUCUUGAUUCGUCCCCGCCAUGUUCUCCGUCAUCAUACCAGACCGGCCGUGUCUGACCGACAUCGUCGCAGUCGAGACACAACCAAACGGCCAAACCACCAAGUUCGCCUUCAACUUCCCUCUUCCGCCAUCAUUAUCCGAACUUGUCGUCUUCUUCCUCCCCGGCACCGUCCUUCCCCCCGACACCGCCGCAGCAAUCUACAUCCAAUUCCCCGAUCCCAACAACGCCCCUCAGUUCCGCUUCAUCGGAGCUCUAGCCAACGAGCGACCGUCUGCGAUACUUAAAGUUCAGCCACCGCAAAUCCCCGGGCUACAAAAUGGGGAGGGAAUGAUGGGCGCAACGCCCAUGGUGACGUUGGGGAUCUCGCUGGAGCCUGUUCAAACCGUUGCACCGCAGGUCGCUGCGUUGGAGGCGGAACAGGUUGGCCCGGGGGCGUUGGUGCGACACACACGGCAACAGAAGGAGAUUACCACCAAGGUGUUGGCACAGCGGAUUAUUGGGAAUGCGUUCAACUUCUUGGCUAGUUUUGCGUCGUCGGAUCCGAGUAAUAAGGGGCAGGAGGUUGUUCCGCUGAAGACUUUCAGGGAUUGGUGGACGAAGUUUGAGAGGAAGGUGGAGAUGGAUCCGACUUUCUUGGAGAGGGAGGAUCCUUCGGCUACGGGGUGAUUUGGCAUACUUUUUUUUCUGGCAGUGGGGUUGGGAUGUUCGUGUUUCGGAGGAUUUGUGAUUUUGAGCGUUUGGGGUUUGCUAUAAAUGGGUUUGCGAAUUUGGUGUCCAACUUUUGGUUGCUCUAUACCAUCGUUACGGUCAUUUGGCUAGACGCGCUUGGUUGGAGGUUCUAACCAUUUGCAUCAUUUUAAUGGAUAGGAUAUCCAAUCUUGAUUCUCUAUAUGUGUU